UCAUUCUUCUUUAAUACCUUCAUCCGUCACUUGAAGAUGAUUUUCUAUUUUCUGUUUUCUAUUUCAUCGUCAGUAUGAACGAAGCACUUCGCUCCAUCCUUUCCGGGGGGGAUGAAUGGUACCAUAAUUCAGAUGGUAGGCAUAUUAAAUUCAACAAGGACGGUACUGGCGAGCUAUGGUGCCGCUCCAACUUCAACUAUUGGAUCCUAGCAGUUAUCGAGUGGAAGGCCAUCAAGCCACCGCAUGGUCCAAGCCAAAUUGUUGAGUUUCCAAAUCAAGUUCCGAACACCGUCUGGAAUAAAGCCCCUCAACUUCUCGGUCAUCUUGAUAUUGAGAUAACCCUCACCAAGCGACUACCAAAGGUAGCAGAAACAUCUGUCUUGGCACAAGGCAAUGGUAUCAAUGAGAGGAAUCUUACAGAUGACGCCUUUCAAACCAGGUUGUUUACCGUCAGAAUUGAGAAAGGCAACUUCGUUGAACCUGCUUGCAUUGGCCAUUCUAACUGGAGAUACGAGCUUCGCCUGACCUUCGACAAAUCGCCGUAUCCCCCGCGAGAGCAAUGGAAGGAUACCGAGUACGGCCCUGAUCAGGGUCAGUAUUGGAACAUCGUAGAGUUUGUCAGCCGACAUGUGCCGGGCCUGGAAAAGCAAGGAAAACCUAUGAACGUAGCACCUACAGGAUUGAGCGCAUGUGCUGUUUCUUAACUACCUGG